AUGGCUGUUGAUUCUGCUAUUCCGUCAACUUCGACGAAUUCUAACCCUAAUAUUGACAACUCUCAUCCCUUGUACUUACAUCCCUCUGACACUCCGGGCACAGUCCUUGUAUCCGUGCCUUUUGCUGGUAUCGGCUAUGGAGAGUGGAGGGAAGGGAUGGUGAUUGCGUUAUCUGCUAAAAAUAAACUACAACUUAUAAAUGGGAGUUUUGACAAACCUGAUGCUAACUCCCAUCUCUUUCCACACUGGGAGCGAUGCAAUAAUAUGCUGAAAGCUUGGAUAAUGAAUUCCCUGUCUAAGGGCAUAGCUAAAAUUGUUCUCUACUAUAAGACUGCCAAAGAAGCUUGGGAAAAUCUAGAGGAAAGAUAUGGUGUAGUUAAUGCAUCUCAAUAUUAUAGCCUUCAACGUGCCAUAAAUUCCAUUUUCCAAGUAUCCCUUGACAUAGCUAGUUACUUUACCAAACUCAAGGGGCUUUGGGAUGAGUUAGGUACAUACUCUUUUGGUAAACCUUGUGUUUGUGGAGCUUUACAUGAGCUGAUUGAAGGCCAACAACUCAUUCAAUUUCUCUCUGGGUUAAAUGAUGUAUAUUCCACUGUACGAAGUAACAUCUUGAUGAUGAACCCUAUCCCAUCUGUUGGACAAGCUUAUUCUAUGCUAAUAAGGGAUGAGAAACAAAGAGAGAUCAAAUCUGACAUAACAAGUUUCUCUUCUGAUUCCACCUUAUUUAAUGUUACUUCUACCCCUCCUUAA